AGUGACAUUGCCGAUCACAUUGCGAUUGCAGUGCCUCCUAUCAACUCCCGCUUGGCGUCAUCCAGAUUACUUACACAGAUGUUUCGGGCUAUCCAUGCUAAGUAUAUUGUUGACAAUAAAGCUUGAGACUGAAUGGUGAACACGAUGUCCCUCCUUUCCUCCUCCGCCAAUCGAUACCAAUAGUGAGUCGCAAAUGUCUCGAGGGUUGGCGUAUAUCAUAUCCAUUUGGCUUGAGGUUCGUACAAUUUCUUGUCGAUGCUUGGAAAGUGUGAUUGAACGCCUGUCACAGGCAAUUGUAUACGGCAUCUUCAUCUGCUUAUUCUGCCUCUCGUUAUAUGUCAAUCUGUCAUUGAAGAAGUCUCAUACUAUCCAUAGCAAGAUCAUGUUUGUUGCUGGCGUUGUUAUGUUCAUCAUGGCCAGCUUGCACUUCGCCAUAAACGCGUAUCGAAUGGUCAAGGGGUAUGUUGUCCACACGCAAGACCCCGGCGGUGCUGUCGCAUAUCUUGAUAACCUCAAAACAUGGCAUCAUGUUCUCAAAGACACACUAUUUGGCGUCCAAGAAGUGCUGGGUGAUCUGGCUGCGAUAUAUCGGUGCUGGGUCAUCUGGGAUCGCAACGUACGGGUAAUCAUCAUACCUCUUCUUUUUUUCGCCAUUACUGCAGGCACCGGCUCUACCAUAGUAGGAAUGUAUCCGUACACCUCGCCUGGCACAGCGAUUUUCGAUGCCCGAUUUCAACCGUGGAUCCUUGCUUUCUAUGCUUCCGAGAUGGUGCAAUCAACGCUGGUCACAAGUCUUAUGGCAUUUCGUAUAUGGCAUACCGAUCGAGCGGCGGCUCCAUUCAGGGUACCCUCAGGUCCAGGGCUUUUACCCAUUGCACGGAUUCUUAUAGAAUCUGCUGCAUUGUUAGUUGUUCCGGAAGUCAUUCUUCUGGCGUUAUAUGCUGCAGAGUCAAACGGACAAUUUAUAGUGCUGGAGACGAUCUGCUCUAUCGUUGGAAUAACAUUCACUGCAAUCACCAUACGAGUCACCCUCCAGUUAUCUGGAACGCUGGACCAUCUGGCUCCACCUCAUGGUCAGGCUAGCAUCGUGGUACCUCAAAUGUUUGAACACAAUCUCGCUCCCAGUCCAAGCGACUCCUCGUUACCUCAGUACCACAUAUCCGAGAAGAAGACAGAAAGUUGUACGACCGAUCUUAGGUUUCCGAGAAUUCGUCGGCCCCCACGGUCGAAAAGCUGGUGAAGUACAACUGCUCAGGUCCUUAUCGUCAAAAGAUUACUAUUAAAGUGUAUUAUUUAUUCUAUCUUUGGACUAUAUCAUUACGGUUUACUACCG